AUGCCCCGGCAUCGGUUGCCCUCUGCGGUGCUGCUGCUGCUCUGCGUGCUGAUAUGCGGCAGCAGCGGGGCUGCACACACCCAUCUCGUGGGGCGCCAGUGGGCAAUCUCCUCCCCUGGAAGCAAUAAUUUGCAGCCGUCGUCAGUGUCGCCUUCGGACUUCCCAAUACCAACAGUUGAAUACAUGUUCCGCGGCCCCCAUCUUGUGGACUUGGACGGGGUGCUGCUGGCUCUUUUUGGAGCUCUCUUCGAUGCACCUGUGCGAGGCGGAGAGGCGUCUGCACGGCUGGCGGCACGAAUCAGCACGGACAAUGGGGUAACGUGGAGCCCAUAUCUUUCGCCACCUGCUUCUGGUGUUUUCCCCGUCUCGCAUUACUACCCCUUCACAACGGAGCUUCCCAGGAACAUCAACCCGUUUUGCGUUUUUGUGGAGGGCUAUGAAAUGAGACGCCAGCCAGGGAUUCCGAGGCACCAGGGGGGGUAUGCACAUUAUUGGGAGUCCAGCAUUCAUUUUCUGGGGGCAUCUGUCUGGCAGGGAGGAGAUUUGUUGGUGGAUACUGCCUCAGUGCGGGUCCCUCUUCUUGAGCCUCGAAGCUCCAACGACUUGGUCGGUUUCCUCCACAAUUUCAGUGCCCCCAUCACGAGGAUGAGGGAUGGGGCGCUUGUGUUCCCCGUCCAGCUACUGACAUGGGGAGGGGCGGCCGUGUCCACCGUUAUGUACUUCAGCGACCAGGAGAAGAAUUGGCGGCUGGCGAGGAGCGGGACCCAUGCGGGCUGCACCAGUACCGGCCUCCUUGAGUGGGAGGAGGGGAAGCUCCUCAUGAUGACCUCGUGUUUGGACGGGCGUCGCAAGGUGUACGAGACGAGCGACAAGGGGGAUACGUGGGCGGAGGCGCUCGGGACACUCUCGCGCGUGUGGGGCAACUCAUUGGACGCGCACUGUAAUCGACUUCCAGGGUGGCUUCAUCACUGCGACGAUUGA